AUGGCCGAUCAAGACGUGGAUUUGGACUCGAUCAUUGAUAGAUUGUUGGAGGUGAGGGGCAGCCGGCCUGGCAAGCAGGUUCAGCUUCUGGAGUCGGAGAUCCGUUAUCUUUGCACCAAGGCCCGGGAAAUCUUCAUCUCCCAGCCCAUACUGCUGGAAUUGGAGGCACCCAUCAAGAUCUGCGGUGAUAUCCACGGCCAGUACUACGAUCUUCUGCGUCUUUUCGAAUACGGUGGCUUCCCGCCCGAGGCCAACUACCUGUUCCUCGGUGACUACGUUGACCGUGGCAAGCAGUCGCUUGAAACCAUCUGCCUCCUUUUGGCUUACAAGAUCAAAUACCCCGAGAACUUCUUCGUUCUCCGUGGUAACCACGAGUGUGCGUCCAUCAACCGUAUCUAUGGUUUCUACGAUGAGUGCAAGCGGCGGUACAACAUUAAGCUGUGGAAGACUUUCACGGAUUGCUUCAACUGCCUCCCCAUUGCGGCUAUCAUCGAUGAGAAGAUCUUCACCAUGCACGGAGGUCUGAGUCCCGAUUUGAACUCGAUGGAACAGAUCCGUCGUGUUAUGCGCCCCACUGAUAUUCCCGACUGCGGUCUUCUUUGCGACUUGCUCUGGUCCGAUCCCGAUAAGGACAUCACUGGCUGGAGCGAGAACGAUCGGGGUGUAUCCUUCACAUUCGGUCCGGACGUCGUGUCGCGGUUCCUUCAGAAGCAUGAUAUGGACCUGAUAUGUCGCGCACACCAAGUCGUCGAGGAUGGCUAUGAGUUUUUCUCCAAGAGACAGCUGGUUACGCUAUUUAGUGCUCCCAACUACUGUGGCGAGUUCGACAACGCUGGUGCGAUGAUGAGCGUCGACGAGAGCCUACUUUGUUCCUUCCAGAUCUUGAAGCCAGCAGAAAAGAAACAAAAGUACGUUUACGGGGGCAUGAGCUCAGGCAGGCCCAUCACUCCUCCGCGAAAGCAAAAGAAGAAGUAA